CGGCGAGUUGUGGCUCCUCCUUCCUCGGCAGUUCGGAGGCCCAGGCGCUGGCCGAGAUGGCGGAGGCUGUGGUGUUGGUGUGGGUUCGCGGCCCCGGCCUCGGGUGCAAGGCAGUGCGGUGUGCCUCGGCCGCAUGCUCCGUACUCGAGGUGAUCCACCGACACUGCCAGGAUCAGGACGUUCCAGUGGAAUGCUUCUUCGUGAAGUGCGACGGGUCGCUCACAGACACCAGUGACAGAGUGCGGCAUGGCGCCGUUUAUAGUCUGGAACCCAGGCUCCGCGGUGGAAAAGGAGGGUUCGGGUCUAUGCUCCGGGCACUCGGUGCGCAGAUCGAGAAGACGACCAAUCGAGAAGCUUGCCGCGACCUCAGCGGGAGGAGACUCCGAGAUGUCAACCACGAAAAAGCGAUGGCCGAGUGGGUGAGACAACAGGCCGAGCGAGAGGCUGAAAAGGAGCAGAAGCGUCUGGAGCGGCUGCAGCGGAAGCUGGCGGAGCCCCGGCCCUGCUCGGCCAGCCCUGCCUACCAGCGGCAGUGCCAUGAGAUGGCCGAGCGCCUGGAGGACUCAGUGCUCAUAGGCAUGCAGGCGGCCUCUGGCAAGGUGCUGUCGGCAGGACCUGGCGAGAGUCGGAAACGACCCAGCACAUCAAAAACGGAUGGAGGAGCUAGUGCAGGGAAGAGGAGAUGCUUCUGGCUGGGCAUGGAAGGCCUGGAGACCGCGGACGAGUCCAGCUCAGAAACCUCAGAUGACGACGAACAAGAUGCUCCCAGCAGUUCGGGGACGCGCUUUCACGCUCGCAUACACUGUGGCGGUGGUGCUGAGCCGGCGGCUGACUCUGCAGGCAGCUCUCUGAGGACGGGUGUGCAGGAUGCAGACUCCAGGUCCCCGGAGCCCCCGCAGGCCCCCGGGACCGGCCCUGGGCACACCAUCUUUGCAGACCCAGAGCCAGGACAGACCUCCGCUGGGGCACGCGUGCAGGCGACUGUGGCCGUGGAAACAGAGAAGAGCCAGGAGGAGAGGGAGCCAGGGGGUGAGGAGGCCACAGAGGAGGGAGCAGCCAGGGCAGGACUGACCGAGGAGACAGAGGCCCAGGAGGUGGCUGAUGGGGACACAGCUGCCAAGGCAGCAGCCAGAGAGGGUGCAGGAAGCGUGCCUGUGACCAAACCGGAGGACGGCUGGUCAAGAAACGCGGAUGUCGGUCUGGAAACUCUAGACCUGCUGGCCUUCUCCUCCAUGGCAGAAAUGGAGGCGCUGGGCUUGGACAAGCUCAAGACGGAACUGACGGCCCGCGGGCUGAAGUGCGGGGGCACCCUGCAGGAGCGCGCCUCCAGGCUCUUCUCGGUCCGCGGGCUGGCCCAGGAGCAGGUGGACCCGGCGCUGUUCGCCAGGCGCCCCAAGGGGAAGAAGAAAUAGUGCCCUCGGCCCAUUUCCCGUUCCUCGGUAGUGCUGCCUUUGGGACCUGCACCCUGCUGGCUCUUGGCCCCUCCUCUUGUUCCUAUUCAAGCUGAUUUUUUAAUAACCCAGUUCUCACGCUCCUUUUGUUAAUCGUUUGUAGAAUUUGUGUGUGAAGCUGUGUGGGCCAGAAGUUUUCUUCACGGGGUCCUUUUUUUAAUAACAGACUUCAUUUUCUUGAAUAACCUUAGGGCUGUUCAGAGUUUUGGUUCCCUCUCGUGUUGUGCCGGCAAGGUUUACAGCCGGCCUUUGAACUUCAGAGGUUCGAAAAGCACGGGCCCUCGUGUAUGCGGGUUUUUUUCAAUAAAUACAGCACAGCGCUGAAAAUGUAUUUUUUCGA